AUGGCUGAGAGGUUAGAUCAAAUAGGUGGACAUGUGACUAGUUAUAUGCAGUCUGAUAUUGGAGAGAGCUUUGUUGGAACUGAGCCACAAGGGGCUAUGUGUGCCAAGAACAAUGUGGAGAGGAUUGAGAUGAAGAGUGAUAGGACUCCUGAUCCUACACAUGUGAAAGAUAAAAAUGAUGUUGAUGAUGAAAGUAUAUCAGAUGAAAGCAGCUGUUCUGAACUAGAAAAGGAAGUAGCUGCUGAGGGGUUAUGUUCUCUUGGGAAAAAUUUACCUAGCAAGAAACCAGCUAGCAUGUCUCCUGAUACUGCUGAGGAUAGUAUUGAUUUGGAGGAAGAAAGCUCAGAGGAAGAGGAGGACACUUUGGUUCACCAUGUGAAACCAAGUGCUGCUAGGAAAUUGAAGACUAGGAAAGGAAAAACCGUGGUUGAAAUGAUGGCAUCCAGAACUAGGAAGAAGACUGCUGGUGUAGGACCCUUCAAAUCAUGGAGCAAGGUUGAGAUUAAGAAGAGGAAAGAAAGUAAGAGUUCUGACUCUGAUGAGGAUGUCGAAGAUGAUGUUCCAGACAUCUCCCCUGCAAAAAGGCAGGCUGCUAAGAAGUGUCCAGGCAAAGCUGCAGCUGUACAUUUAGACAACAUAUCUUUUCACUUAGAAGACGGUGCUGCUAAAUGGAAGUUUGUCAUUCAGAGGAGGGUAACAGUUGAGAGAGAGCUGGGAAAAGAGGCUGUUGAUGUAAAGGAAGUCAUGGAUUUAAUCAAGAAUGCUGGAUUGAUAAAGACUGUGGUUGCUCUGCCCCAAUGCUAUGAGGGGUUGGUGAAAGAAUUUGUUGUAAAUAUCCCUGAGGAGAUUUCUGAAAGGAGAAGCAGGGAAUUUUGCAAAGUUUUUGUAAGAGAUGUUGAAGUUCUAUUGUUUUUUAAUGUGUAA